AUGGGACGGGCCCCGACGAGUGGAUACUGCGAGACUUGCAGAAAGCGGAGAAUCAAGUGCGACAAGACUGCACCCUCGUGUAUGCGAUGCCUAAAAUCCGGCUAUGUAUGCAAGGGAUACGCAUCCGGCCUGCGAAUACAAUCCCUCGUGGUCGUGACAGGCUCUGAAGGCUCUCAGCGGCUCGCCAGGCUCGCCGGACCUUCCGACGCGUCGUCGAACCAGCGACGCAAUGAUCCCAGAAGAUUGAACCCACCCCAAGGGCUGAACCUCACGGCCUUUCAGGAGCACAUGGCCUUCAGCUACUUCUUUGCCACCUACGGCUGGGCUUGUUUCUGGAAACCUUUCCUGCAGCUUGCCAAGGAGAACGACCUCGCCCCGACGGCGAGCCAUAUCUGCAGCCUUGCUUUGGCAUACGGACAUAUGGGCCUUGGCCACGGCGACAAGGGCCUGAAGUCGAUGGGCUUGGAGCUGUAUGGCCGGAGUCUGAGGGAGGUGCAGACGUUGCUCAGCCAAGGAGGAGCUGCGCGGACUGAACUGGCCCGACUUUGCGUUCCUGUUGUGAUCUUGGGCAUGUAUUCUGUAUACCUGCGACUCAUACAUAACCUCGGUGUUGUACAAAUCUUGAAACACUGCGGGCCAGAAGCAUUCCAAGACGAACCGCUCCUCACUGCGUACAGAUCAUGCAGAGCACUGUUGUCCUUCGCCGUCCGCCGACGUACCUUCAUGGAAGAGUUCAAGUGGAAGACCGUCCCCUGGCAGAAGCUUCCCAAGACGGCCCUGGACCGCCUGAUCGAUAUCCUGGCCGACAUGCCGGGCAUUGUCAACGACAUGGCCGCCAGCGAGCGACCCAUAUCACCUGCAACCAAAGCGUCCUUCCGUUCACAGGUCGGCAAGCUGCGGACAGCGAUCCAGGCGUGGAGACACGAUUGGGACCGCGCGAACCCAGGGGCGGGCAGCGAGGCGCCCUCACACCUUAAGAUGGACAAUAUCGAUUCUGCCUUGUUCAGGGAACAGCUGAGUACGACAAUUGAGUUUGGGACCACGCAGCAGGCUCUUGAAAUGUUGACCUACAACGCCGGCCUCAUAUAUCUCAUGCAGCUAGAAGACAUCCUGUCCAUAGGAAAACCGCACAGCAGCCCCAUAACAACCGAGAUAGCCAAAGAAAUCCGCCGAGACAGCUUGAACCGCCACCCAUCCCAACCUUUACUUCUCCCCGAAGAGGUACGCCACACCUGCCAGCCCGCCCUCGAGGCCUUCCGCCUCAUCCCGUCACUUUACAAGAACCUCGUCACCACCAGAGACCGCGUCAUGGUCAUCCUAGCCCCCUUGGGCAUUGUGUACUGCUCGACAAAGGGGCAGCCGGGGUUGAGCAAAUGCAUGGAGGCUGUGCUGGACGAGAUUCCCUUUUUUGGGAGCGGGGCUACUAGGGAUUUGUCUGUUUAUGAGCUGAAGGUUGGGGAGGCGUGGCGGUCGGGGAAGUGAUCCCAUUGUUUUGAAGGUUACAUUUAGACGAUAAUCACAUGGAUGUGAAGGAUGAAGCCUGACUUGUACAAGUACUGCGAAGCUUUCAUGAAGAGUGAGUGCCUGGGCCUGAACAGAACGUCUUAUGCAAGGCCAGCAGCUGAGCGGAAUUACUAAUAGAAAAUAUCAUAAUUU